GAACUUUUGAACCGUUUCAUUUGCAUUUUAGCUCCUUAUAUUUUCUGUAUUCAUUGCCAACCUUUUUGCAAACAUGGAAACUCAAGAUUUAGCCAUAGGAACCCCGAUAAUCCCUCUCGCUUUACCGAAGGGGACGCAAAAGUUGUGUGAAGUUUGUCACAACAGAGCGUACCUGCAGUGCGCGCAGUGCAGAGUCACGUUUUACUGCAAUGCCACACACCAGUUUGCGGACUGGGUGGGGAUUCAUGAGAAGAUCUGCCCGCUGCUGGUCCCGAUCCGCACAGAGACGCUCUACACUAAAGAAGAACGAAUAGAGAAGGACAUUAAAAAGAGGGAGCUGAUUGCCAUCGCCAGGUCCAUAGCUGAGGGGAAGUUGGCUGAGGGGAAGCACGAGGAGGCCCUGCCCGCGGGUCAGACGUGCCUCCACUUCUGCACCGACGUGUUCGGCCCCUCCUCCGUCCAGCUGGUCCCUGCAUACCUCCUGCUGGCAGACGCUUACAUGGGGUUAGGAAAUGUCUCCACGGCCGCUGGGCUGCUGUCUCAGGCCGAGUUUUCUGUGUUCAAAAACCCAGACUGUGGCAACGAGCUGCACCACCGCUUGCACCGGAGUUUGGGCAGACUGCAGAGCACCACGGGGGACCUAGACGGCGCUCUAUUCAACUUCGCUAAUGACAUUUACUAUGCUACUGAGGAGUACGGCCUCGGCAGCAUUGUUUGCAGCAAUGGAUAUUUUCUUAUGGCCAGUGUUUUUGCCAAACAGGGGAAGACACUGAUUGUUCGGUCUUUGUAUAAUGAGGUGGCAGAAACCUGGCACUCUCACUUGACUAAACUAAUAGAACCCCUUUUGGAGAAUCCUACGACGUCUGUGGAGCCCACUUUUGACAAAGCCAGACAAGUGGAAGUGGACAACAUGCUGCACACCAUCUUGGACUUUGAAGAGCACCAGACCAGGAAGGAUCACGGCCUCGUCACACUGGCCUCGCUCUGUCUCUCCAAGCUGUGGUUCAUCGGAGGCAACCGUGUCAAGGCGAGGGCAUUUGGACACUCCGCCCUGCAGUCCAACCAGAUGAGCCCAAACCAGGAGCUGAGCGAGGCCAUAAAGGAGCUCCUGGAGCUGGUGGAGAAGAGACCUGAAACUUGUGACGGCAAAGACACAAAGACAAAAGGUCCAACUAGUGCUACAGAUGAAAUCAAAUAAUAAAUAUAGUUCUAAAGACAGAAUUAAGUUUUAUAUUUCAGAAUUUUCUAUAAUUGUCUCAGCGAAUUCAGUUCUCACAGCCUGGAAUAGUGAAAAGGUGAAGGUGGUGGAGGGUCUGACACCUGCUUGUUGCUAUGGGUAUGUCAUUUCUCUGCCUGGAAUGUUCCACAGUAUGGCAUUAAAGCAGCUCAACCAUACAUUUAUUCAAUUACAAGUGAUUUUAUAGCUCAAAAACACCUAGAAAUACAGGCAUUCUGAGUGUGAGCGGGGUCGCCUCUCCACAGAUAUGACCUCUAACUUGGUCUGGUUUGGUCUCCAUGAAGAUAGAACGGUUUAAUGCCAUACUGUGAAACAUUCCAGACAAAGUAAUAAGCAUAUGACAGACCCUUCACCAGAAAAGUUUUUAUGUAAAUGUUUUAGAACAAAGAUUGAUUAUAUAAGCAGCUCUUGAGGCCAAUAUAAGUCAGCUGUGUACUGUCUGUGUCUAAUUAUAAAGUGUUUUAAUGUCCUAUAAUCAAGAAAUAUGCUUUACUGUGACAGCAAAACUCCGCUCUGGUCUUUGAAUGUUUUGAAAAACGAUUUUAAACUCAUUGCUUUGAAUAAUUAGGACACUCUGAAUGCAGAAGGUAAGUGAGGAAUAACUGUUUGAAAUGGACUCGUUCUGUUUUUCAUGUUUUUAAGACAGAAAAAAUCUGAUACAGCGACUUUGAGGUGUACUUUAUUUACUCUUCAUGGUGAACGGCAUGGAGGGAUUGGUCAAAAUGGAUGUAUGUAUUUGCUUUGGUUAUCUGAGUGGUGCACAUUUACAUAAAAAAAUACAAGUUAAUGAAGUAUUAGAUUAUAUUAGUUUUGAGCA